GUUAAGGGUAUAUAAUUUUAAUUCAGGCUUUCCGGCUUAUUUUAGAAUACUUUUGUUUGUUUUUAUACGAUGGAUGAUGAAGCGGAUUUGAGAAAAUUAGAAGAAACAUUAAAAAAAUGCAGAGCGGAAAAACUUGACGAGGCUUAUCAGGAAUUCAUUGAUUUUGACGAUAGUGAAGAGGAGGACAAUGUAUCUAGUAUACAUGAACAAGACUGCAGCUUUGAUGACAAUUAUGAGUCUGUAAUUUCAACUGAUUACAAGUAUAGUAUCUUAACAUCAUUAACAGCAGAAGAAAAAUCAGUAAUAGAUUCAUGUGAAGACUUUGAUCUUAAACACAUAUUGAUCCUCAAUAGGCAGAAGAAUAUGUCACUCAUUGAACAUUACAAGAAACUCAAAGAUCUUUUAAUAGAGUGUCAGAGUAAUAUCUUAGAUAUAAAUGCGAUAAUUCAUGAAAAAGUUAAUGAUAAAAAAAUGUACUCUAAAUCUUCCAGAUCUUGGAGAUUGGGUGCACCUUAUUUUAAGGACAAACUUAAUUUUCCAGCACCUUUAAAUGAUGAAGCUUUACAAAAGAAGUUAUCUGAUGAACAGACCAUUUAUGAUUUCAUUGUGAUCAAAAGAUGGUCUUCACUUGAGUGUGAUUCAGUUAUUAGAGCUGUUAAACUAAACUAUAGUAUAAAUACAAUUACUCAUAUCCGAAAUGAAAUUAAGAAGUUAGAACUUUCCAACGAUGGGAAUAAAACUGAAAAAAUUAUGGAGUUGCAAGAGAAACAAAAACAGUUUGAUGACCAGGAUAAUCUACCUAUUCCUCCCUUGGAGUCAGAUGAACACAUUAAUUGGAUAAGAGUAUCUGAAGUAUUUCUUAGAGAUAAACAUUCUGACUUCGAAUGUCGUUCAAUGUGGCAUAUGUUUCUUCACCCUAAUCUAAAUAAGUCACCUUGGAGCUCCGAAGAAACUAAAAAAAUGUUAAACUUAGUUCAAAAGUACAAACGCCAAAACUGGGUUGCGAUAGCAAAAGAACUUGGAACUAAGAGGACUUGCUUCGGAGUUUUUAUUAAUUACAUUAACAAUUUCCACAAUACACUUAAAAAGGGAGGAUUUACACGUGCAGAAGAUAAAAAAUUAGUAAAUUUGGUGAGGAAAUUUAGAGUAGGAGAAUACAUACCAUGGACAAAAAUUGCAAGACACUUUAAAUACAGGGAAAGAUCACAGUUACAUCAUAGGUUUAAAUACUUUUUGAACCAGGUUGAUAAAAAACAAGGAAAGUUUUCAAUGGCCGAAGAUUGCAUGAUUUUCCUAUGUAUAGAAAAAUUUGGAAUGGCCUAUCAUAAAGUUGCAGAAUAUUUAAAGGAUAGGUCUCGUACCCAAAUACGAACUAGGUAUACGUCUAGUUUGCACUUACAUGGAAAGAAAAAUACAUGGACGGUAGAUGAGGACGAGCUUUUAGUACGGCUAAAAGAACAAGGUGGAACGAAUUGGUCAAAUAUUGCACGCUCGUUAGAAAGAAACGCAGGCCAGACACGUCAACGUUAUUACGUAAUAAAACGAUAUUUAGAAAAGCACCCAGGAGAGACUAUUAUAAAUGUACCAAGAAGGUUUCAUUGUAAGGACGAAAACUAUACAGUACUUCAGCAGGUGGUGGAUAUUUUUGCUGCACAAUCUGUGAUACCUACAUUAGAAGAAAUAGAAGAAGUAUUAAAUAAUUAUUCAAACGAACCUCUGUGUCGUCAAAAUAUCAGCGAUGACAACAUUGAUGAUUUAUUAACCGAUUUUUUUUUGUAUAACUCCGAAGAAUCUCUCGAAACUUUACCAGAUUCAUGUGCAAUCAAACGGAUUGUAAAUGAUGUGGAAUAUUUAUUGAAUUUUCUUAAAGUAGACUUGGACAUUCCUAAAAAUUUAGCGCGGUGUCCACAGUUAGAUAAUCUCGAUAAGAAAAUAUUGUUAGAAAUAAGAAGGAGAAAAGGCAGUCAUCCUGUUGUCUUCUCUUCGAAUCCCAUUAAAGAUUGCAUUCCACCAAAUUUUUACACGGCAAACGCUAUGAGAAGUUUACUGAUAAAAAAUUUUAAAUUCCGAUCUGCUCCAGUUGAAAAGAUUUUUAAUAAUAAUUUUGGUACACCUGCAAUCGUAUUAAAGAAAUUCAAAUCUGAAAUAAAUAAUGAUCUUUUGGAAAGCAACAUGUUGUUUAAAGAAACGAUAGAAAUGGAUAGAAAACUAUUUUUUAGUAGAUUUUUAUCGUUAUUCAAUUGGCCAGGUAUUUUAACAUUAGAAUCUCCUCAUAAGGAUUUACAAAGCAUUUCUAAAACGAUUAUGCUAGAGAAUUACCGAAAAAUUACUGGCGUUAAAAAUACUUACAGCAGAAAAAGAGGUAGUAAAGCAAUAACAGACCGAAGCUUAGAGCAGGCAUCUAACAAAGUAAGAAUUGUAGAGGAAGAUGGUUCGGAAGCGCUUCCAUUUUCGAAUAAAAAAUUUGGGACGACUCGAAAUAUUUUAACGAAGAAAAUCGAUUUGAAUAAUUGCACACGAGUACAAAUGGACGAAAGUAAACCUUGUUCCAGUUCAGUGGUUGGCAUAAUUAAAGAUUGGAACUCGGGCGAUAGUGAUAAUGAAUAUGACAGUGCCAAAGAAUCCACCUCAGUAGAAAGCCUGCGUGAUGUUUAAACAGGUGUCGGGGCUAUUAGAAAUCAGAUUGCUAAUAUUGUACUAAUCUAAACAACCUGAAUGCCCUUGGAGAAAGAUAAAGCCAAAGAAGAACUAAUAGUAAUAAAGUAUACCUAUUUAGCAACAUACUUUUUUCAAGUACAAAGAAAUACGAUAUAUUUUGUACCACCAAAUCUGAGAAGGACAGCAACAUUACUUUUUUGCAGGUUGUGGAUGACAUUGGACACUUUUACUACUCAACGUGAAAAUUCAGCCGAAACUGAUUUCAUACAAAUCAAUUACAAAACCAUUUCAUUUGUUUAUUUUCUGUUAAAUAAAUAUGUAA